GCUGCAAACAUGGCGCGCAUCGUCGGCGGCGAGCUCGACUGCGUGCCGGACCUCAAGGCGGCGCUCGAGUGCGCGCGCGCCGACGGCCUGGACUUCAUCGCGGCCCCGCUCUACCACCCGCGCUUCGCGCGGGACGCGCGGCGCGUGUCGUCGGCGCGGCGGUCCAUGGGGACGCGGAGCGACCGCGUCGUCGCCUGCGGCGACUGGUCGCGGCUCGUCGUCGGCGUCGCGUCCGCCUGGCCGCGCGGCGCGGGCGCGGCGCGGCGCGACGGCGAGCACGCGCUCGCGGAAGAGCUCGCGCGCGCGGGCCACCUCGCGGUCGCCGCGGUGCUCCUGCCGCCGCCGCCCGCGCGCGACUGGCGCCGCUGGGACGCGCUGCGGCGCCUCUGCGACCACGGCGGCGGCCUGGGCGUCGCGCUCGAGCUCGGCGCGGCGCCGCCGGCCGUCGGCGACGCGCGGCGCUGGCGCGGCGAGCCCGUCAAGGCGCUGAUCCUCCCCUGCGCCGUCUUCGCCGCGAACGCGGCCGGCUUCCCCCUGUGCUUCCCCGUGCUCCCCCGGAGCCACCAGUCGCUCGUGCGGUCGCUCGCGGCCCUCGAGCCGCGGAUCCUCAUCCGCGGCCGGCCGACGCUCGGCGGCCGCGCGCGCUACGUCGAGUACGCGCGCCACCUCCUCGGCUCCGCGGACCCCGCGCCGGGCUCCGUCGCGGCGCUCGAGCGGCCCUACCGCGACUUCCUCCAGGCGCCGCUCCAGCCGCUGGGCGACGACCUCGAGGCCGCGACCUACGAGACCUUCGAGCGCGACCCGGUCAAGUACGCGCGCUACGAGGCCGCCGCGGCCCUCUUCCUCGGCGACUUCCGGGCCCGGAGCGCUCCCGGCGCGCGCGCGCUUUUCGCCGUCGUCGGCGCGGGCCGCGGGCCCCUCGUCGCCGCCGUGCUCCGCGCGGCCGCGGCCGCGCGCGUCGCCGUCGGCGUCUACGCCGUCGAGAAGAACGCGCACGCCGUCUGCACGCUCCGCGGGCGCCUGUGCGGCCGCAAGCGCCACGACCCCGCGUGGCGCGACGUCGUCGUCGUGCCCGGCGACAUGCGGCGCGUCGCCGGCGGCUUCGACCGCGUCGACUGCCUCGUCUCCGAGCUCCUGGGCUCCUUCGGCGACAACGAGCUCUCGCCCGAGUGCCUCGACGGCGCCGCGGCCGCGCUCCUCAAGCCCGGCGGCGCGUCGAUCCCGCGGCGCUACGUGUCCUACGCGCAGCCCGUCGCCUGCGCCAAGCUCUGGUUCGACGCGCGGCGCGCGAACACGGGCGCGCCCGCGGGCCCGCCGGCCGUCGGCGCGUGCGUCGGCGCGCCGCCGCCGGACCGGGGCCUCGAGACGCCCUUCGUCGUGCAGCUCCACAACUUCGCGCCCCUCGCGGCGCACGCGCAAUGCUUCGCCUUCGACCACCCGGGCGACGCCGGCGCGACCAACGACCGCGACGUCGACCUCGCCUGGGACAUCGCCGUCGACGCGACGGUCCACGGCCUCGCGGGCACGUUCCACGCGGACCUCUACGGCGACGUGUCCAUCUCCAUCUACCCGCCGACCUUCUCCGAGGGCAUGUUCUCCUGGUUCCCGCUCUUCCUCCCCUUCUCGGCGCCCGUCCGCGUCGACGCGGGCGGCACGCUCGCCGUGUCGAUAUGGCGCCGGUCGGACCCCGGCCGCGCGUGGUACGAGUGGGCGCCGACGGCGCCCGUCGUCCUCCCCAUCCACAACCCGAACGGCCGCUCC